AUGCCCGCAGACCGGCUCCUCAACACGCUCCUGCAGCACUACCAGGACGUCCACGACGACGCCAAGUCGGAGCAGAUCCUCGGCACCACCGUCCACCUGCUCACGCACCUGUCCAACCCGCUCAACCUCGGCGUCCUCACCUCGCAGCUGCUGACCGCGCCCGCCGUCUGGCACCGCCCCGGCUUCGACCUGUCCCACGCACUGCGCGUCGUUAGCCUGUACAACAGCGCCGCCUUGCGCGUCCGCGAAGAUGCCGCCGAGGCCCUCGAACGCAAGAAGAAUAAGAAUCAUCUGCCGCCGCCGCCACCGCCGCAACAGCGGGAGAGCGGCGGCCUAAAGCCUGAUGACUGGACCCGCGCGGUUGUCCAGGGCGCGGACGACCGCUCCCCGCGCUGGCGCCACCUGCUCGUGCUAACGGGCGUGCUCGUCGGCUUCGAGUCCAAUGAGCGCCGCACGCUGUCGCCGUCGCUGCGCGGCACCCUGCAGGCCGCCGUCGUCACGGCCGCCAACCUCGCCCUGCAGACGCACGCCGACGACGGCCCGCUCGCCGAGGCCGCCGUCGUCCUCGCGCUCAAUUACGCCUUCCCGCUGCUGUCGGAGCACCACCGCGCACGCCUCGACUGCGGCGCGCUGCUGCCCGUCCUGCUCUGGGCCGUGCUGCGCGAGGAGGGUUGCGACGACGGGCUCUUUCUGCGCGACGUGGCGCGCGACGUGACGCACGCGGUCGACGGUGCGGGUGGGCGGUGCAGCUGGCCGCAGCACGCGCCGUCCUUCGCCGCGCUGGUGGAGAGGGACCGCCGGCCGGUGAUGAGCAACAUGGGCCCGCUGGCCAAGAUACUGGCGUUUGCGGUGGCGCACGCGGCGGAUGCGCACGUCGUGAUGCAGGCGCAGGACGACUUGCUGCGCUUCUCGCACCGGCUGCUCGACGCGUGGGCCGCGAACCGCCUGAGCACGGUCGAGCCGGCGAUGGCGGCCGCGCAGCUCGACCCGGACACGCUGCAGGCGACGUGGCCGGUGCUCUGGCAGGUGCUACGCAAGAUGAUGUUUGCCGUCGUGGCGACGCUGCAGGCGGUGAUGGCGCGGAGCUUGCUGGACCCGCGCAUGCGGCAGGAGGCGGUCGCCGUGGACAUUGCGGCCAAGUCACUACAGAUUCUGCGCAACAUCUACUUUAUUUCAUCGGUCAAUGGCAAUGAUGCCUUUCAGGUGUACACGUUUACAUAUCUUACAUCGCUCGACAUUAUUUGCAGGAACGGUGCAGCCUGCGAAAAAUUUCUCAGCGACUGUCGUCCCGUCGCGGCCGACAGCCUCACGGUCCCGUCGGCGCAUCUACAGCGGACGCUGGACCUCUACUUCCUCAACGUCGCGGAGCACAUGCCGCUGGCGCUAACCACCGAAGCGGCGGAUGCGCUCAUUAUCAAGCCGGCGACAUCUUACCUAAACUUCGACGGGCCCAUGUCGCCGACAAUGGUGCACAUCUUCGAGUCGGCACACAGCGCGGUGCUGUCGGUCCUUUCGUGCCCGCAGCACGGCGCGCUGACGAUGCAGCUCGCGCCGUUCUACAUUGUCCGGCUGUUCGAGUCGUUCCCGCAGCGAAUGUCCGCGCGGCAGUUCCGGGUGGCCUUCAAGACGGUGAUGCAGAUGGUGUCGCCGCCGUUCCCGAUCGCGGCGCAGGAGCCGCUUCUCGGGGAGACGCUGCUCGAAAUGCUGCUCGGGGCGAUUGCCGAGGCUCCCACCGCGCCGCUCGCGCCCGAGGACGCCGAGGCGGCGCAGGCGGCCUCCACGGAAAGCGGCGGCGUGCUACAGUCGGCGCAGAGCGCGCUGGUGCUGGCGCUGGUGGACGCGCUCCCGUUCCUGCCGCUGGGACUGGUGGAGGAGUGGAUGGCGGUGGCGGCGCGGACGCUCCAUGCGAUCGAGGACCCGCGGCUGCGGCGGCCGGUGCGCGAGCGGUUCUGGGAUAUACUCGUCAACGGCGAGAUGGAUGUAGAGAGGUCGGCGAUGGGCGUGGCCUGGUGGGGGACCAAAGGCGGACGGGAGCUGGUGCUGGGCGGAGGGUCGGUGGAGGUGCCGAUGAUGAGCGGCGCGCUGAUGCCGACGGAGAGCAGCAAGCUGUAG